ACUUUAGCGUGAAAGUUGUUCACAGUUUGUUCAGGUCCUACACUUUGUCAAUUUGGGAUUAACGCCUCAGCUAAACUGAUGGAAAAACAGUUUUUAUGUGACUUUUAAACUAAUUCCUGUUUUAUGUGAUUUUUAAAUCUAUUUCCACUUUUAUGUGAGUUUUAUAAAAUUUCUUCGGUUUUGUGAAGAAAUUGUGAAGACAAGACUGUGUAUUGAUAGAAUAUGUGGUACUUUGUUAAGGAUGUAUUUAUUGGACAUGUAUAUAAUGGUUCUACUAGCUAUAAAUGUCUGAUUAACAUUGGACAGAGGCCGAGUGUGAUAUAAGGUCAACAUAAAAACAUCAAUACACCAUUCUACCUACAUCACUUGUACACUGUGUGUAUAGGUAGUCGACAACGUUUUUUAUAUCAAUACUGGACAUGUUUAUACUUUACUAACUGAUUAUUGUUGAGUGAUUAUCAAAAUGGUAGAAAAUUUCAAGUUUGUGAUUAGAUAAAAAAAUGUUGUAUUUUUGACCAACUGGCAGUGUAGAUAAAUCACAGUAAAUCAUGACCACUAAGUGAAACAAGCACCUGUUUUUUCCUGAGCUUUAUUUCACUUUCUGUCAUAUGGAAUUUUUAAUUUGUUCUUACAGUCAGACUUAGAGGAUAUAAUUUAUAUUUCUUGUGAUUUUUUUGCAAUUCUUGUACAGAACAUUUUGGAUAUUGAAUUGCUUCAUUAUGUAAAUUGGUUCUUUGUGUGCUAAGGGGGUUAUGCAAUGGCAAAAAACGACAAGGAGUCGGGUAGAAGACAUCAUAGGAAAAACAAGAUGAGGAAUAAUAAGAAAAAGAAAAACGAUGCAUGGGAAACUGAUAUUCAUCGUCUUAAUUUGGGGGAUUUUUUUGGAACGAAUGACGGGGAUGGAAUUGGAGGACAACCCACCUUGAAUGUAGACUUCGAAAUGAAGAAUACCACCAAGUAUAAAGGGGAAAUUGUACGUCUCCGUUGUGAGAUUUCUGGAAACCCACUUCCCAAGUACAGUUGGUUCAAAGACAGCAUCGAAAUUGGAGUUAAAGAGGACAGAUUCAAUGUGAAAUUGACGCCAUGGGGUUCAAGAUUGAAGAUAGAGAAAUCCGUACCCCAUGACAGUGGUUAUUAUAUGUGUAUAGCUGCUAACAGGGCUGGAAACAAAAAUGCAACAGCUUACCUACAGAUCAAAAAUGAACAUCCUCCCAAAAAGGAUAACAAGGGUGGAGGAUCUAAGACAGAUGUGGAUUCAUCAUUCCCAGAUCUAGGGGAUGAUACAGAUAGAUUUUCUGGGAAGUAUGAUCCAGAAAUAUAUAAAAAAUUGAAAGAGGAAAGCAGUGGUAGUACUAAAGAUGACAGCAAUGGUUUCUGUCAACCAUUUCGAGGAAACAUGUGUGCCAGGUUUAUAGGCAAUCAGACAAUUUAUGUCAAUUCUGAGUAUGCUCAAGGUGUAAAGGAAGAAAAAUUUAUUGCUGCUUUUACUGUGAUUGCUGCCUCCAGUGAUAUGUCAGCUGAAUGUCAGAAGUAUGCCAUAGAAUUUCUAUGUUUCUACACCUUCCCUUUAUGUGAUCGUCAACAUAUCAACCCCACCCCUCGUAAAGUCUGCAGAGACGAGUGUGAAAUGCUAGAGGGCACUAUCUGUAAAAAGGAAUAUGUCAUUGGUCGACACCAUCCAAUGAUAGGGGAAGGUUUCCUUCCAAAGUGCUAUGACUUACCACCAAGAGGUACCCCAGAGGGGGAUAAAUGUAAAGGUAUUAAUGUACCUAUUGAUCCUACACAACGACCUGAAGUUCACACAUGUUAUGGUGGAAAUGGCAUAAAAUACAAAGGAUCUAUCAAUCACAGUCGGUCUGGAAGGCCGUGUAUGAACUGGAAAAAUAAUCCACAUUUUAAAGGCAGUGAAUAUCCUGAUCUAGGAAACCAUCACUUGUGUAGAAACCCGAAUGGUACAUAUACAGGACCAUGGUGCUAUACCGAUCCAUCAUAUCAUCAUACAGAAUUAUGUGAUAUCCCUAAGUGUGUUGGUGCUGGUCCCGGUCAAGGAGCUAUUGGAGCAGAACCAGUGAACAAAUUAAUGUAUUUAGUACCAGGAAUCAUUGUACCACUAGCUUUAAUAAUCUUACUUGCCAUCGCAUGUUUGUGUCAGAGACAUAAAAAACAAAAAGAUGCUGGUGUCAAAUCUAAAGUUGAUCAGCCGGCCACUAACAUGGAAACUGUGCCACUCAAGUCAGCCAUGAAUGUAAGAGACUUUCCGAUAUCUUCUAUCAGGUUCCUACAGGAAUUAGGUGAAGGACAGUUUGGGAAAGUGUUUAAAGGAGAAGUGCUUGGACUAUAUGGUGAUAAUAUGAUUUCUAAAGUAGCCAUUAAAACUUUGAAGGAGAAUUCUUUACCGAAAGUUAAGAAUGAUUUCCGACGUGAAGUUGACCUGAUGUCUGAACUUAGACAUGGGAACAUUGUGUGUUUACUUGGUGUUUGUAUGAAACAAGAACCUAUGUGUAUGUUAUUUGAAUACAUGCAACUCGGUGACUUGCAUGAAUAUCUUGUUACUCAUUCACCUAAUUCAGAUGUUGGGUUAUCCAAUGAAUCGGAAGGUUUAAAACAUGCGUUAGAAUACGGUGACUUAUUACACAUUGCUACACAAAUAGUUGCUGGCAUGGAAUACUUGUCAAGCCAUCAUUAUGUACACAGAGACUUAGCCGCCAGAAAUAUACUUGUUGGUGACAAUAUGUGUGUUAAAAUCUCAGAUUUUGGUCUAUCUAGAGAUAUAUAUUCACAAGACUAUUACAGAGUUCAAAGUAAAUCCAUACUUCCUGUACGAUGGAUGCCACCGGAGGCCAUUUUGUAUGGGAAAUUCACCACAGAAACAGAUAUCUGGUCAUUUGGUGUUGUCAUGUGGGAAAUUUUCAGCUUCGGUUUACAGCCAUACUAUGGUUAUUCAAAUCCCGAAGUUAUUGAAGUUGUAAGAGCUCGGCAAAUCUUGCCUUCACCAGAGGAGUGUCCAACAAGAGUAUAUGGUCUUAUGGUUGAAUGUUGGCAUGAGGUACCCAACAGGAGACCAACUUUUAGAGAAAUACAUGCACGUCUUCGAGCAUGGAAGACAGAAGUAUUAAUGUUAAAUCCACACUGGAGCCUAAGUCAGAGUCAUUCAGCACAUUCAGGCAGUACACAUCAGAGUUCUCAAAGUGGACCCAGCCAUCAUAGUAGCACUGGUCCAAGUAAUACAACAGCAAUGACUGGGCUGACGGGAAGUAGUGGUGGAUCAGACCCAUCAUCAACAAUGUCACAUCCAGGAAUGAUAGGCCAUCCGGGAAUGAUAGGCCAUCCAGGAAUGGGUCAACCCCCUCCAAAUUACCAGGAUUCAACACGUGUUCAUUAUUAUCCUAACUUAGGUCCGCAACAAAUGCAACAGUACCCUGGUCAAGGUCCUAUAUUAAUGCAAAGAGGACCUCCACCCAAUCAGAUGCCUAACCAUAAUGGACCUUCAAAAUUGUCGCCAGCUGGCUCAAUAGCUAGUAGUAAACAAUCAUCUAGUAGUGGUGCUUCAUCAAAUUAUAAACCUAAUGUCUCAAACUGUAAUACGUUAACUGGACCAGCAACAAUAGACGUGUCUGAGUGUCAAAAGUUUUCAAAUUUAAUGUCACAGAAUAGUUACAUUCCAGAACAAAGGACGGUAGAUUAUAACGAGUGUUAGUGAUUAGUUAUCUCCCCUUGUCAAUCAAAAAUAAUGUUAACUAUUACAGACCGGUGUAUUAGAGCUCAUUAAACAAACCAGGUCUCAGAUGUGCUUUGCAUGUACAUGUAAGGAACUUCUCAUCUCAAACUUCAUUUGUCACAUGACAUAAAACAAAGUUUAUUAAUUCAAGUUGGAAUAUUGAGAUGACAAAUUUGUUAGAAACUAUGGAUUAAAGAAGAAAAUUUUAAGACUAUGAUGGUUUGAAAUUAAGGCAUAAAGGGAAGUAACUGUUGAUUGAGAUGUUAUUUGUUUGUCUGUGCUUGGCAGCCUCUAAAUUGUCACAUUAAAGUGCUUAUUUGUGUUGAUUGUUAUAUAAAUUUGUUUUUAAUUUCACAAAAUCACUACCAGUAGUUUUUUUGGCUUUGUUUGGAAUUUUGUUUUUAUUACUGUAUAAAAAUGUUAUAAAUUAAAGGUAUUCAACUUUUACUAUAAUUUGAAUUCCCCUUUUUUGGCAUUUCUGGUAGGAAAAAUUGUUGAAAAAUUGAAUACAUGAAAUUUUAGAAAAAAUAUUUUUAAUUUAAAAAUUCAGUUAGAUUUGAAGGUGCUAAACCAUCUUAAAGAUGGGAUAUAUUCAUUAUUUUUUUUUGCAAUAUAUUACAUCAUAAUUCCAUUGUUGGUGUUUUUUUAAAUAUUAUAUAUAUAUAAGUAGAUGACAGUAUUGUUUUGCAUUGCAUAAUAUAUCAGUGAAAGUUUACAGUAGAUACAGCAUUUUACCAUCAUUUACUGUAAAAAGGGAUAUUUUUCGUGAAGAGUUUAUUUUUCGCCAAAAUCACCAUUGAGGUUGUAUUUCAAAAAUAUCAACACUAUAUAAAUAAAUCUUUAAAGGAAGAUAAGAAUUACUCAAAAACAAAGCCUCACAAUCAGGUUCUGGCCUGAAAUUCUCCACGAAAAAUUAACCAAUUUACAGUAGAUUUUUUCAAAGUAUGUUAUCAACUCAUUUUAACAAUUACAUAUAAAUAUAUCAUCAUUUUAGUUUCAUGAUUAAAUUUCAAAUUAAGUUUCAUAAAAAGAUUCAAAAUGUGAAUUAUGAUUCAUAGAUUUAGUAGAGUAACUAAAGACACUAGCUUUUUUUUUUCUUUUCAGACAGGUGUUUUUUUAGGAGUAUAUUUCAGUUCACCAUAUUUUACACAUUGCCUUUCAGUAUUCUCGAUUAUUUUAUUGAGUUAUUCCCCUUUGUUUGUUUUUUUGUUUGUUUUUCUAAUUUUUGUUUUGAGGUUAAUCAAAAUAAGUCUAAAUGGCAGAGAAAACAUAAAAUACAUUUAGUUUUAUUUCAAUGCUGUGUCUACUCAGAAUAUAGUUGUCAUGGUAACAUUUUUGUAUAUAGUUCACAGCCAUAUUUUCUUAGUUUUCUGUAUAUUUUUAUAUAAAAAUCAAAUACCAAAGUAACCUGAUCUAGUCACCAUUUAUUUAUGAUGAAAUCCUAAGAUUUGAGUGAUAUUCUGUGUAUGUAUAUAUUUUCCUUUUGUUUAAGUCAAGUAAAUUGACAAUUUAAAAUAGACCAGUUCAUUUAAUUUCUCUUCAACACAUACAGCAUGGAUUGAUAUAUAUAUUUUUAUAGGUCACAUGUUAGACAUGUGGUGCAUGUUAUACAAAACCCUACCAAAAACAUAAAACCUAAAACUAAUUGCAAACAUGUGAUUGAAAGAAAUUUACAACAAUUUUAAUUUUUAGAAAUGGCUUUUUCUUAUAGAUGUAAAAUCAAAAAUGAAUCGACCUUUAAAUAUUUCUUGUUUCUAUAUACAAAUCACAUUUGGCAAUUUUUUUAUUAUUGUUUUAUCCAAAAUAGCAGGAGUUAAGAAAAUGACAUUGUAUGUGGAAAAAUGGAAGAAGAAAAGAAUACAGAGAUGGACCUUUGUAUAUUGAUUUGGCCACAUAAAUUAAUUUAAAAUCUUCUGUUAAUGUAACUUUUCCCAAUUUCAAGUAUUACAGUAAAAUCUGGUUAUAAGUUAUACCAUGAGAUUAUUAAGGAUGGAUUAGUUUACUAUAUAAUAGUGAGGAUAUGUUGACAUAUCCCCAAAAAUAUUGUUGUACAAAUUGGUUGUGAAGAUUUUGCCUUACACAUUAAUAGUUAUGGAAAUGUUACAGUUUUACAUGGUUUAUGUUAGGAGUUAUCUACCUUUCUCACGUAAAGAUACAAAUCAUCCUGACAAGAUAAGUUGUGGGAUUGAAUAUCAGAAAUACAUGCACAGUAAUAGUAUCUGAAAAUGGAAAAUGCUGUAGAAUUAAACACACAAUUACUGUUUACAAAAAGUUUUGACGAGGUAACAUGAGCCUUAGCUUGAAAUUGAAAUCUUUUUGUACUGAAGCAACUGUAUUGUUAAAAAGUUGAAAAUUAUCAACCAUUAGCUAUAACUGGUACAUUUUAAUAAUUUUUAGAAAAAAACUUUUGAAAACCAUGAAUAAUUGAAAUAAUCUGUAUUCAAACCAUUGGUAUUAAGCAGCUAUGUCUUUUUCAGCAAGCUGUUACUUAAUAUUAGAACAGAAUUUCACCAUUUUUUCAACUGUAAAAGAUUGUAAAUCAGUUUCUUUAAAUCAAUUUUGUAUAAAGAUUUACAGUAUACAUGAGAAAUAUGUUGUUGAGAUUUUCAUGUUAAGACAUUGUCUAAACAAAAGUUAAAGUUUGUUAAUUGGUUGAAAGGUACUAAUUAAGAGACCAACUAAUUUAGAAUUUUAUUAAACAAGUUUGUUAAGAAGUUGAUGUAUAAAAUCAGUGCCUCUGAUGUGAGGUUUAUAGUUUUGCUUCAUUGUAAUCCUAAGGCUUACAUGACUUUAGUGUAGGUUCUAUAUUGUAUGCACUGUUCAUGUCUUGUAAGCUGUGGCCUUUGUUGUCACAAAAAUAAAUUUCAUAAAACAUUA